AUGGGCCUAAUAUUGGGCUGGUUGCCAAACGAUUAUUAUAUGCGUGAUAUUUGUAUUAUCGCUUUUAUAUCAGCUCUAGUGGCCACACUUUUAAGUUUACGUUUUUAUUUACGUAUUACUGCGGGUAGAUGUUUUACGGAGACAAUAAUGGAAGGAAAAACUGUAAUCAUUACUGGUGCCAACAGUGGUAUUGGCAAGGAAACUGCCCGUGAUUUGGCCAAACGUGGUGCUCGUAUUAUUAUGGCUUGCCGUAAUUUGGAAACUGCCAAUGCUGUUAAAGAGGAAAUUGUCAAGGAAACCGGCAACAAUAAAUUGAUUGUCAAGAAAUUGGAUUUGGGCAGUUUCAAGUCGGUACGUGAAUUUGCCACUGAUAUUGUAAAGAAUGAAAAGAAAAUCGAUGUUCUGAUACACAAUGCCGGUAUGGCUUUGGCCUUCCGUGGUCAAACCAGUGAGGAUGGCAUUGAAUUGACCAUGGCUACCAAUCACUAUGGUCCAUUUUUGUUGACUCAUUUGUUAAUCGAUGUUUUAAAGAAGAGUGCCCCUGCACGUAUUGUUAUUGUAGCCUCUGAACUGUAUCGCUUGGCUUCAGUGAAUGUUAACAAAUUGAAUCCUAUUGGCACAUUCCCCGCUGCUUACUUGUACUAUGUCUCCAAGUUUGCCAACAUUUACUUUGCCCGUGAAUUGGCUAAACGUUUGGAGGGAUCUGGUGUCACCGUUAACUUCUUGCAUCCCGGUAUGAUUGAUUCUGGCAUUUGGCGUAAUGUACCCUUCCCCUUGAACUUGCCUAUGAUGGCUAUUACUAAGGGUUUCUUUAAGACUACUAAGGCUGGUGCUCAAACUACCAUCUAUUUGGCUACUUCCGAUGAAGUGGCCAAUGUUCAUGGUAAAUAUUUUAUGGAUUGUAAGGAGGCCACUUUAAAUGCUGCCGCUAUGGAUGAAGAGAAGGGCUUGAAGAUUUGGGAAGAAUCUGUGAAAAUGGUCAAAUUGACUCCUCAGGAUCCAAAGAUCUAAGUUUAUAUUGUCUAGAGACUGAGUGUAAUUUUUUUCUAUAAGUAGGUUUGUUUUAUUUUAAUUUGUAAUUUGUGGUAUCUGCUGCAGUCUUUUAAAAAAAAAAAUAUUUACUUUAAGUUUUACUUUUUAAUGACUUUUUUUAAAUAAAAA